ACUAUCGACAAAUGUGCUUCGAUCAGCACCUUCGCUUUAAGCUUCAACGGACGUCGGUGGGAUCCUUAAAUUGACUGCUAUAACACCGUCAAAAACGCAUGGAAAUAGUGCCAUCUGAUGUUGAAUUUGUCAGACAACUCGAAGAACGUUAUAAGUGUAUAAGUUGUGAUAAUGUCUUGAAAGAUCCUGCUCAGUCGUCUUGUGGACACAGGUUCUGUUGGUCGUGCUUGGAGGAUAUUUUCAAGAGGGAACCAAACGACCCAAAAUGUCCAGACGAUAAAGAGCCCCUACAAUGGAAUUUGAUAUUCAGGGACAAAUACGCACAAAAAGAAAUCCUUUCAUUGGAAUGCUUUUGCCCGAAGAAAUCGCUCGGUUGUCCAUGGUGUGGGAAGUUGGCUAAAUUACAAGCUCACCUGGCCGAGUGUUCUUUUUCGGAAGUGAAAUGCAUUUACAGUCAUCUGGGGUGUACUGUGGUUAUUUUGCGAUACCAAUUAGCUAAACAUGUCGAAAAUGAUUGUCUGUACAAGGUCGUGGAGUGCCCUUAUUGCCAGGAUGGAUACCCAGGGAUUAAAAUGAGGGAACAUUUAGAGGAUUGUAAGAAGUUCCCGGUGAAAUGUUCCUAUGGCUGCGAUAGGAGUGACAUUCCCAGGGAAGACCUUAAAGAACACUCCAAAUUAUGCCCCCGAGCUCCUGUGCCGUGUAACUUCAGUUUCGUAGGCUGCACUUUUCACGACUGUAGGGAUUCUUUAGAAGAACAUCUCCACUCUCAUGCCACGGAGCACUUGAGUCUCGUGGCCAAAAACAACGAGAAAACACAAGCGGAAAUGAAAAUCUUUCAAGAACAGCUGAAAGCCUCCCAGGAGUUAAUCAAAACUUACGAGGCGCGCUUAGCAUUACAAUCGGAAGCCCUGGCUUUGAAUAAACAGACACUCUCUACGCAUCAAGUCAAGCUCGCAAGAGUUGAAGAGAAUGUGGAUUCUCAGAGGAAAAACAUGGAUGAACUUCGCAAAAGCGUCGAAGCAUUGGUCCAGGAAAAAGAAAGCAAGCAUGCUAGUGAAGAAGUAAUGAGGCGUAUAAAUUUCCAAGACGAAAGAUUGGCGCUACUAGCGGAAGAGGUAGCAAGGUUUGGUGCCACGGGAUCACGCACACAACCAGGGAACUUAGAAUCCGGCAGGGAUGAUCAUCGAUUUGGAAAUGUGGAACACUCCAUAGCUUUGCACGAAAUAAAACUAGCCGACCAAGACCUUAAACUACAGAUAAUGGAGACCACGUGCUACGAUGGCUGUUUCCUAUGGAAGAUUGACAACUAUCAGCGCAGAUUUCGGGAAUCCGUGGAGGGGAGGACAAUCUCCAUAUACAGCCCGCCAUUUUAUACUUCGCGCUACGGAUACAAGCUUUGCGCACGCGCUUACCUCAACGGCGAUGGGCCAAUGGGGAAAGGAAAGUACCUAUCCCUCUUUAUCGUCUUAAUGAGGGGAGAGUAUGAUGCUCUGUUAACGUGGCCGUUUCAGCAUAAAGUCACUAUGAAGCUGAUGGAUCAAGAGCGUCUAUCGCACAUUACCGAGACAUUCCGACCGGAUCCAAACAGCUCGAGCUUUCAGCGACCGCGUUCGGAGAUGAACAUCGCCUCCGGCUGCCCUCUUUUUUGUUCUCAUAGCCUGUUAAGAACCAGAGGAUAUGUUCGAGAUGACACUAUGUUUAUCAAAAUCAUAGUGGAAGGCAAUGGGAUGCCAAUGAUGUGAAAUUGGAAUGGUACCGGAGGGAAUCAGUAAAUCAUACCGACAGGGAUGGGAAAUUGCUUCCCACUAGGUUGGCGUGAAGAUGGAACACAUACGCUGCUAUCGUCCUCUGAGACGUCAGCCUUCCACAGAGGAUUUUCCGCCGCUAAUCCUAAU